CCUGCACUUUGUUUCCUUGAUAGUCGAGCGCUGCCCCGCCUCCAUGUUUUUUCAUAUGUAGAGAGAAGGAAUUCUGCCCCAGCUUUUGUCUCGAGCUGCAGUAACACACGCAAUGGUCAGCAUGACAAGCUCACACACCAUGCAGUAUAUCGGACUUCUGCUGCUGGCUGCAAUUCUCCUGCAAACAAUAGCAGUGGCCGUAACGUUCAUUUACUUCAGCAACGUCUUAUCGACGAUGAAAGAAACCUUCUCCAAGAGCAGCGUGUCGUGUUUGAUGCGCGCCAACCUCAGAACGAUAAAGGGUCAGGACUUGAACGCGGCGGAGGGAAAAGACGACCCCUGCUGGCAGGUCACGCAACAGCUCCACUUUCUGAUUGAAAAGUCAAUGUCCAGUCGUUACCAGAAAGAAAUCUCAUCUGCCGUCAAAGACGAGGUCUCACGUGUACUUCCCUCAUUGGUGAUCCAAGAUCAAGACGAUUCCCCUCGGCCUAAGAUUGCGGCACAUGUGACCGGGAGCUAUAUACCAGAAAAAGAUGGAGGAGGUCAACUGAACAGGAAGGUCUUCGGCCAGAAGAUUCAGUCGUGGGAGUCUGAAAAAGGUCUGGCUUUCCUCCAGAACGUGGAGUUAAGUGACGGAGAAUUGGUGGUGCCGCAGGCCGGGCUUUAUUACAUCUACUCCCAAACUUACUUCCGACACACACUCAUCGAGGAAGACGAAAGUGACCGCGAGGAAGAGGAUGGGACAUCAGGCGAAUCGGUUCGGGGCAAACCGAUGUUGCAGUAUGUUUAUAAAAAAGUAAGUUCGUAUCCGGUGCCAAUUUUGCUAAUGAAGAAUGCCCGGACGACCUGCUGGUCACGUGACACCGAAUACGGCCUGUAUUCCAUCUACCAAGCAGGGCUUUUUCAGCUUGGAGGAGGCGACAGGGUGUUUGUGACGGUCAGCAACGUAAGCACCAUCGACAUGGACGAGAAGUCAAGCUUCUUCGGAGCGUUUUUGGUCAGCUAGUGAUGCACAGCUAGAAAAUAGAGCACCUCACGGUUUGUUUUGAGCUCUAAGAUGAGCGACAAGACUCGGCUUGCUCGGUAUUUCUACCUGAGCUUUCUUUGAACGGCUGCCAAGCGCCUUAAAACAUUUGGACGUGCCCGCCGAGAUGCUCCGUCUCUUGCCAAAACAGUUAACCUUGAUUGAUGAGAGCUCGGAAAGGUGCAAAUAUUUGGAGCUUUUUUACAUUCGGUCAGUGGAUCCGAUCGUAAAUCAGCUACUUGGUGAAACGUGUUGGAGCUCAAAUCCAGCACGUCUGCCUGGAGGGGCGACGGAAAGCGAGGGGCUUGCCAGGACAUUUUGGAAGCGAGUUGUUUGGACACGAUGCGUCUGUCUGGGCAGGAAAACGGAAGGUGCGACUUUAAGCAAGACUUUCACACCUGUGGAAGAGCUGUAGGCUUUUCCUGUGUGCUUCUGUCCUCUUUGGACCUGUGAUUGUAUUGCCUUUUUCUCCAUUUUUAAAGACAAACUGCAUAUUGGGAUGUAGAAAUGCGGCUGGAGAGACUUCUAAAUCAUGCCUUGAUUGUAUUUUUGACAUGAUUGUCAGUUUAAGCACUAUAUUUGUGUUUGUAUUGUGAGCUAUUUUUAUAUCAUAAUUCAUUCCUUAAGCAUGAAUCUUGUACAUUAGCUAAAUGUGAAAAUCACUGUGACGUUGUAAAAUGGUAAAUCGUCUUGUACAUACUGUCUUUUGUAUAUACUUUUACCAGCGCUGAACAUGUACUGAGGAUUUCUGCAUUUUUGGUUUGUUCUUUGUAGUGUUUGUUUUAAUAACAUUUAUUCUGAAAUUCUGAAACUGACUUUCAGUUAAAAGUAACUAUGUACGUUACAGUACACUGUGUUUUUCCUUUCUGGAUAUUUUUCUUACCCAGACCAUAAUUCUUCAUAUUAAAUAUGUACAUUAUACAGAACGUUGGUAAAACAGUUAUUGAGUGAUUUAUUAUACCUUUUAAGACCAUUUAUAUGUAACUAUAUUACUUCAAUAUUGUUGUAACAGAGU